CUUAGCUCACUUUAUAUUUCAGAUUCAAGUGGAGCUUCAGCCAUAACUGAAGAUCUCAAUCUGUGUGGAAAAAGGAACAUUUCUUGGUCUUUUGCAGCUGAACUACAAAAUAAUAUGAAUUGGAGACUCUUGGGUUUGCUAGUGACAACUUUGACGAUUAAGCUAAUAGGCAGUUCUCUGUUCUUUCUAUAUUUUUCGCAGAUCUUCUCAGAAGCCCCCAAAACCAUCCCAGGAGGAAAAACCAGCUGUCCCAUAAGAUGGACUCUGUAUGAGGGAAAGUGCUACCACUUUUCUAAUCUGGACAAAACAUGGGAUGAAAGUCAAAAGGAAUGUGCCCAGUCGAAUUCGCAUCUUGCCAUUAUUAACAACAAAGCAGAGCUGUCAUUCCUGAACAGCAGAACACGAAAUGCAGAUUACUUCAUUGGCCUGAGAAAGAGAAAUUCAAAUGGACAGUGGAGGUGGAUUGAUAACACAAUGUUUGACUUUGGCAUAUUUAAUAUUCAGGAUAAAACAAAUGACUGUGCUGCAAUUGGAUUAGACUCCACUGUCUCAAGAUCUUGCUCUGAGUUAAACCGCUGGAUUUGUGAGGAAAAAGUGUAAGAACUCAUUUGCGCAAUGGAAAUUCUCAGUAAUAUAGAAUCUGAAUUCUAUCCUCAGCUCAGAAACUUUGGCCCUGAUAAGAAAGUGAAACUAAUGCAAUUAAGAAUUGGGAGUGAGAAAUCCUUGCCAAUGUACUUCAGGUUACAUGGAGUUCUACCUCUGGAUUCAAAUGAAUAUAUCAACCUGUACCAUAUUGCUGCUUUAAAAAUAAAUAUUUUCAACUGGAAUGGUGGCUGUUAUUUCAAAUCAGCAAAUAAAUUCCCUUGGCUAUCA